ACGUAUAUCGCUGCGAAUGACGGUGUCUUCUGGAAUCGGCUCAGAAGGCACUGCUGAUUUAUUGAACAUAAGCAACACGUCGAAUGUACUAAUACCUAUAUAAAAAUUUAAUAGAUUCUUACCAAUUCUUCUCCUUUUGUGCUCUCGUCCAUGAUCUGGGUCAUCAUCCGGCGGGAUGUCGAAUACUGAUGUCCUGCGAGGGAGUGUGUUUGUCCGGUUUCCAGGUGUGCUUCUGCUGGAAGAUGGAUCUUGAGAUCUAGUAGGAGUCCGUCGAGUAAUUUGCGGGGAAGUUCGUCGUCUGUGGUCUGGAGUCGGAGUCCUACGUGAGGAGGAAGGUUGUGUACGCGGGAUGGUAGGCUCCGGCACAGCUGUAGUAGGUGGAGCGCCUGGGGGAAGUAUGUUUGGAGCACCGAACAUAGAAUCGAAACCAAAAUCGAUAUCCUUUGCUGCUCGAUUACUUGACACUCAAUAACAAAUCAGUCUUUUGCUUUAAGUUUUAUUUCUAUUGUCACGUUCAUGGGCCACGGCGCAUGCUGAGAGGUAUGACAUACCCGGCCCCGCGCUGGCGCAUCAACCGCCGCUCCUCUCGAUCUAUUCGCAAUCCACAUGUUAGCAAUUAACACCACCCAUGCAUAUACAGAGCAGGAAUGCAAUCAUACUUGAAGCCAUCCCUGUUUUGGAGCCUUCACGCUCGAUUGAUAAACGCGACUGUUCUGACGCGAUGCGAUUAAAGCAGUGUUGAUUACUAUCAUGUGACGUCGGCGGGAGCUGACCGAAAAGGGGUUGGCGCCAUUUAAACCCCAAAGAGGCAAUUCAGAACUUCCGCCCGAAAGAUGUAGAGAUAGAGCUACGAUUACAUUGAGAAAGGAACACCGGAGACAACAUAUUACCUCUCUAGUUGCCAAUUAGCUGCCAAUUAGCUUUGUUAUUCUCGCCGCACAAUUGAGGAAUAUAUAUACGGAACCCGAACAACGGCGUAUUAGUGAUGGGUUGGUUUUGGGGUAGCUCUGACGGGAGCGAUCCCACAAAGCAGCUUGACCCGUCUCUAAAAGACUUUCUCCAGCAAGAAACACCCGCAAGAUAUGACCCUGCAACCGUCCAGCCUCCAUCAUUACCCCAAUCAGAACCAUCACAAAAGCCACAAUCCUCAUCCCAACCAACACCCGCCGACGAAUCCACCCCAUCCGACAGGCCGUCUGUUCCCUCCGCCUCCCUCUUCCCCGAUGGCCGCUAUGCGCACCUUUGGAAGGGCUAUAAACCCGUCGCAGAACUAGAAAGCUCCAGCAUGUCGCCAGUAGAAAGGGUUAUUGACCAGUUCAAAAAGCGAAAGGAGGUUUUGAACAUGGCGGCGUUAGAAAAUUGCGCAGAGGAACAGAUGGAUUUGUCCCUCUGUUUCAAGUCAGGCACGGUGAAGGAACGAGCAACGAUGUGCAGCGCGAAAAACUCGAAAUUCUCAAGAUGUUAUUCAAUGCAAAUUAAAUUCCUGCAAGCCCUAGGAUAUGCCUCGUCUUUCGAAUUUGAUGCAGAUAAAGAAGAACGAAUCCAGAUGCAUGCAGAUAAGCUAUAUCAUCAAAUGCUAGACUACGAGCGGCGCGUAGAGGAAGCCAAAGCCGCGGGCCUAGAACCCCCACCCCCUCAAUCUCUCUUCAAACCAGAUUUCCAACCGUCUUCACCUUCAACUGCUCCUACAACCACAAACACUAUAACAACAGAUUCUCAGCCGACAAACUCAGACCUUGAAAUCCCAGGCGGCGAACAAGUCCCUGCGGGCGUGAAAUUCCCAAAGCCACUCAAGGACAUGACGCCACAUGAACGCGAGUUGGAGUUACAGGUGUUACACAAAAAGCGAGCGCAACAGGACAUAUACCUUGAGGAAGUCGGCCCGGUGCUACAGGCGGAGAAUCAAGCUCGUGAUAAGCGCAGAGAGAAGCUUAGUGGCUGGUUUGGUGAGACGAUUGCGAAGUACCUUGCCUAAUGGGCACUCGGAACUAAAAAUUUAAUAUUGGUGUAUGUAUUGUAUAUAUGAUGCUGGCGGUUACCUCUUCAGGUUAUACCGCUUCCAGAUGAUUAAAUUUCGCAUCCUGCAUCCGGAGUGUUGGAAUUGGAGGGUAUCCUCGACUUGCCCCGCCGAAAAGAAAGGGCACAGGACAUGGCUGCUUAUUUUUUUGUUAUUUUUACUUCCCUCCUUGCCGCCACUGGUUGAUCUAAAAAGUUCCCCCCGUCAUGCAUCCUCCGGCGUACGAUUUCAAGCAAUGAUGAUUUCCGAAGGCUGAACCUGACGGUUGGUCCUCAGACUGUAUGAUUAUAUUGUAUGAAAAUAUUAUCAAGAUGGCGACACAAAAGCCAUUUCUGUCAUUUCUAUUCUAAGCCUCUUUGGCAAAAUACAAAAUCUUUAAAUUACGCCAGAAGCACCUGGGUUAAAAACCCAAAAAUUCUCCGGGCCCCUUAGGCGAAGGCAGCGCGCAGGCCUAGUACUUUCCUUAACACUCCACCGGUCAUGGGAUUUACAAAUGGAAAUGGCCCAUGGCUCUGGUUAUAGCUCCGUGUGGUUGAUGGGUUCGUCAUGCCGCAUGCGUGGGCCGGUUGAUAACCUCACAGUAGCACAAUAAAAUGGUGUCUCCCGGAGACGGAUAUAUCAGGUAGUGCAGGCGACGGCCUAGAAGUCACCCAUUAUUUGGCUGCCAGUCACAUAUAGUUAUAACAAAUUGGUUGAUGGGUGUUCUUCCCCCGCAAGUUAUAUGGGAACCAAUGGCGAAAGUAUUAGGUUUGGGGAAUAUGGCUCGAAUUGCCCAAAGCGGGAUUGUGUUUUUCGCUUUUGGGGCGAAACCACACCAGAUUUGAGAGUAGGCAGGUCAGAAAAGCAUAAAUGUGAUAUUGUUAUACAUACGGAGUAGUUACUCCGUAGUAGAUUGGUGGCUCCCACGGUCCACGACUUGAAAGAAGAAUAGGCUUUUGGAGCUGGCGAAUUGGACCAGGCCAAUUAAUUGGUAUCCUCUUUGACUAGUUGGCUGAGAACUUGCAAGUGAGCCGCCGCAUGUUUUCAAUCAAUGACUUUCAGCACAAGGCUG